GUCGCCGGUGCCGGGGUGCCGGGCGGGUUCGGCAGUGCCGAUGCCGGUGGCGGGGUGCUGCCCCCCAAGGGUUAAUGGCACUCGGGGAAGUUGCCGGGCGGCGGCGCGGCGCGGAUUGGCCCGAAGUUGGCGGGGCGGGCCGGGCCGUGCCGAGCCCCGCCGUGCCGGGCCGCCCCCGCCCCCCGCCGGCCCCCGCCCGGCCCCGCCGCCCCCCGCCGCCGCCGGCGGAGCCAUGCGCCCCGCGCCGCUGCUCGGGCUCCUGCUGUGGGCGCCGCUGCUGUGGCCGCCGCCGGUGCGCGGCCUCCGCCACCCCGUCCACUGGAACGGCAGCAACCCCAGGUUCCUGCGGGACGACUACACCAUCCAGGUGGCCAUCAAUGACUACCUGGACAUCUACUGCCCGCACUACGAGGGGGCUGUGCCCGCCGGCCGGGCCGAGACCUUCACGCUCUUCAUGGUGGACCGGGAGGGCUAUCGCGGCUGCUACCAGAGCCCCGGCGCCUUCAAGCGCUGGGAGUGCAACCGGCCCCUGGCGCCCUUCAGGCCCGACCGCUUCUCCGAGAAGAUCCAGCGCUUCACCCCCUUCUCGCUCGGCUUCGAGUUCCAGCCAGGAGAAACCUACUACUACAUCUCUGUCCCCAGCCCCGAGAGCGCCGGGCGCUGCCUGAAGCUGCGCGUCUCCGUCUGCUGCAGAGGCACCACUCCAGAGCCAGUGACAGAGGUUCCCAAUUCGCAGCCCCGUGGGCGUGGGGGGCCAGAGGAUGCCGUGUCCGCCCAGGGCAUCACAGCCCCGCUGCAGCCCCGCGCCCCUUGUCUGGUGCUUGCGCUCCUGGCCCUGCUCUGGAUCUGACCCUCAGCGCUGCCCAUCGAGGGGAGACGGGCUGCUCUGCCCCACCGCCCGCUUCCAGACUCUUCCUCCACUGCCACCCACACCCUCCCCAAAGCCCAUGGGGCAGCCCUGGGCCACAACUUGCCCACUGGACCUCCACAGAGCCAAGCCAGGGCUAGGAGCUCCGGACUGGAAGGGACCUCGCUUCCCGCCGGCAUUGCCGCACAUCGGUCCCACCGGCCACCCUGCCCCGGUGCUGGGCUCCCUGCAGCUCAGCGGCCGCCUGCCCCGCCACCUGCUCUGCCCCAGGGCCGUCGCCUCAUCUUGUGCCUUCCCCCAUGGACCCCCCGCCCCAGGGGGCUGGGGACCCCCAGGCCCCAGAGCAGGGUGGCAGCUCCUCCGGGCGCUGGAUGGAGGCAGGUGCCCGGUCCCCUCUGUUGCCUUGUCCUCCAACGAGGACACACUGAUCUGUCUUCUGGGAAGACGCUGUCCUCCGUGCUGUCACCAGCCCCUACGGUUUGGUUUUAACCCCUGGUAGUGACUGAGCCGAGCAAUACAGUGUUUGCAAGA